UGAUUCUUAUUUUUAGUGUUAAACUGGAAGUGCUGCGAGAUGGAUCCAGAACAGGUGGAAAAGUAUUUCGAUGUUUUCGAUUACAUUGUUUUUGCGGCGAUGCUUCUCAUCUCUGCGCUGAUCGGCGUUUACUUUGCGUUCUUUGCAAAAGUCAAGCAAAACACGACCAGCGAAUAUCUGAUGGGCAGCAAAACUAUGGGCAUAUUUCCUAUAUCUAUGUCUUUAAUUGCUAGUUAUAUUUCAGGUAUUAGCAUUUUGGGUAUUCCGGCGGAAAUGUACACCUACGGCACCCAAUUUUGGAUGAUAAUAACAUCCGAAUGUCUUGUUUCAAUUACAAUGGCCGUCGCCUAUUUGCCCGUAUUCUACACACUACAAAUUACCUCCAGUUACGAAUAUCUGAACUUACGAUUCAAUCAAACUGUAAGAUUACUAGGAUCUACACUUUUCCUUCUCAAAAUGUUACUUUAUAUUCCAAUUGUUAUCUACGUGCCCGCGCUGGCUUUUAGUCAAGUUACAGGAAUUAAUCUUCAUUUAAUAACGCCCAUUGUAUGCAUCGUUUGUAUUUUCUACACAACGUUGGGUGGACUGAAAGCAGUUGUGUGGACAGACACCAUUCAAACAGUCGUCAUGUUCGGUGCAUUAAUUGUUGUGAUCAUUAUGGGAAACAUAAGCAUUGGUGGAUUUGAAGAAGUUUGGAGCAGGAACGAUGCAGGUGGCCGGUUGGAGUUCUUUAAUUUAGAUUGGGAUCCGACAAUCAGACAUUCUUUCUGGACGGUUUCUAUUGGAAAUUACUUUGGUUGGUUGGCCAGCUGCUCCAUAAAUCAAGCAAUGGUUCAGAGAUGUUUAGCCAUGCCAUCGUUAGCGUCAGCUAGAGUUACUAUCGGUAUUUUAGUCAUUGGAAUUAUGAUUUUGGCCUCGAUGUGCUGCUACAUGGGAUUGCUAAUAUUUGCGUCCUAUCAUAAAUGUGAUCCAAUAACUCGAGGUUCCAUAGCUAAAUCAGAUCAACUUCUUCCGUAUUUCGUUAUGAAGAUUGCUGGAGCUGUUCCUGGACUACCCGGUUUAUUUGUCAGUGGGGUGUUCAGUGCAGCUCUAAGCUCAAUGUCGACUGGUUUGAAUUCAAUGACUGGUGUCAUUUUCGAGGAUUUAAUUAAGCCGCACAUCAAAAAACCUUUGUCGGAAUCGCACGCUAGCUUCUUGAUGAAAGUAAUAGUGGUCCUAAUAGGAAGUAUUUGCGUGGGUUUAGUGUUUUUAGUGGAAAAAAUGGGAGCAUUAAUUCAAGCAUCCGGAAGUUUAGCUGCAAUAACAGCGGGUCCACUUUUGGGUAUUUUCACUUUGGGAAUGUUCUUCCCAUUUGCGAAUCCAAAGGGUGCCUUGGCCGGUGGAAUUUUGAGCGGAACGCUCGUCGGGUGGAUUUCUAUUGGGACCCAAUUGAAAAUGGCCAACAAAGAAAUUAUAUUUCCCCAAAAACCGGUUUCAGUCGAAGGUUGCAAUGCGAAUUGGAUAGCCGAAUAUUUGUCUUCCGCCGUAAUAAAUGAAGGAAGCAGUUCCAAGAUAACCGAAGAACCUUUUUUCCUUUAUCAACUCUCGUACAUGUACUACACAGCUUUGGGGGCCAUCGUUGCGAUAAUCAUAGGAAUUUUAGUGAGCUACUUAACAGGCUGCAACAAGAACAGAUUAAUCCACAAAGACCUUCUAUCUCCGGUGGUGCAUCGAUUCUUACCGGAACAAAAAAGUGAAAUUCCUGAAGACAAGGACGUUAAAAACCAUAUAAAAUUAAGUCAACUCAGUUCAAUAAUUAAUUAAAUUGUUAAAUCUCGUACAC